ACGACGUCGCAAAAGGAAAUUUGAAUUUCAUUUCAGAGAAAAUAAAAAGUAAAACAAUUCAUAGAGGAGUUGUAUUAUUCCCUUGGAUUGGAAAUAUCUGCGGCCACAAUCUAUCUUAAGGACGAUUUGCUUGCUUCAGGUCAUACAGUAGCCACUAAAAAUGGGAAGUAAAGGCCGAAUUCCACCCCCUCAUCUGAGGCGUCCUCUACCUGGACCUGGCAUGGUACAUUCUGACCCAUUUGGUCCAGGAAUUCCUCCCCGUCCAGGUCCUUUUGCACAUUUUGAUAUGUUGCCACCUCCAGAAAUCAUAGAACAAAAGCUUGCUGCACAGCAUGUAGAGAUGCAGAGACUUGGUACAGAAAACCAGAGAAUUGCUGCUACCCAUGGGACAUUGAGACAGGAACUUGCUGCUGCACAGCAUGAGUUGCAGAUCUUGCAUGCUCAGAUAGGAGCUGUAACAUCUGAAAGAGAACAACAAAUGAGGAGCCUUACGGAUAAAAUAGCUAGGAUGGAAGCAGAACUGCAAGCAGCUGAGCCUGUUAAGGUAGAGUUGCAGCAGGCACACUCUGAAGCUCAGAAUUUGGUUUUAGCUAGGGAAGAACUUUUGUCCAAAGUGCAUCAAUUAAAUCAAGAUCUUCAGAGAGCCCAUGUAGAUGUGCAACAGAUACCAGCUCUGAUGGCAGAACUCGAGAGCCUCAGACAGGAAUAUCAGCAUUGCAGGGCUACAUUUGACUAUGAGAAAAAACUUUACAAUGAUCACCUUGAAUCACUUCAGGUGAUGGAGAAAAAUUAUAUGACCAUGACUAGGGAAGUGGAGAAGCUUAGAGCAGAGUUGAUGAAUGCUUCUAAUGUUGACAGAAGAACUGUUGGGCAAUAUGGUGGUGCCACAGGAAACAAUGAGAAUGAUGCUUCCGGACAUCCUGUGGGACAAAAUGCAUAUGAAGAUAGUUAUGGUAUUCACCAGAGACAUGGUGCUCUACCACCUGCUGCUACUGGUGCAAAUGCAGGUGCUGCUUCUGUUUACGGUGGAACUCAGUCUGGGUCUGGACCUGCAUCUAUGAGGUCCACCUACGAGAUGUCUAGAGGGCCUGCCUAUGAUUUGUCAAGAGUGAGUGGUUAUGAAUCACAAAGGGUGCCUGCUUACAAUGCACAGAAAGGACCUAGUUAUGACGGUCAAAGAACCCAUGUCUAUGAUGCACAAAGAGGAGCUGGCUAUGACACUCAAAGAGGACCCGUAAAUGAUCCAUCCCGGGGUGCAACCUAUGAUGCAGCAACUAGAAGUCUUGGCAUGCCACACGGACAAGCAGCACCCCUGAAUAAUGGACCUUAUGGAUCUGCAACACCUCCUGGUCGAUCUGGAAACGCGUACGAGCCACCCACGCGUGGUGGAAAUCCUGUUAGGAGGUGAGAAUUAUAUCACUCAACAUUUUUACAGGGAUAGUAGCUUGUAUGAGUCCGGUAAUGAUUUUCUUUUGUCUCUUGUCACUCUUAUAUUUGCAUGGAGCAAAGUUUGCUACUAUGAUAUUUUCGUCUCUGCUGGAUCCGAGUGCAAGAGUCCACCAUUCCCGUCUAUUAAAAGCUUUAACAGUCUUGUACGACAGUGAACUAGUUGUAUGAUCGCGGUUUUCAAUUUUCAUAAAUAAAAUCCGUAUGAUUCAACA